AUGUCACGAUACUCGUACCUUGCCCUUCUGUUGGUACUACUGUCCCAUCACCAUGAUGGUUUAUGCCAAGCGUUCCACCUUACCCCUCAUGUAAAGCAUUGCAAGUUGCAAGCAACCGAGGACAGCUGGUCCAUUGCCGAUGAUUGGGAUUCCUUGUCGUCUUCCUCCCAAGAGAACUCCAAUUUUGACAGUGCGACAAUCUUUAACCAGCACCCAGCCGACCAUGCGGCCAAAGAAUUUGAAGCCCGGGAAGAUAAUGGGGUAAAAGAAGCCUCCGGUGAAGACCCGUGGCUGACUGAUGUGAUUGAAGAAAUUUAUCAUCCCUUGCCCACUGUCCAAGACAACCUGUACGAUACAGGUUUUGAAGAAGAGGACUUUGGCUCCGCUGCAUCAUCGGACGAAGUAAUGGAUCAAGAAAUUGCUAUGUUAGUCCGGUGUAAUGAGCAACCUGGAGAUCUUCUUAUCAAUGAAGGAAGAGCCAUUGCCCCAUUGACGGAAGAAGAAAAGAACGAUCCUUUUCAAUUAGUUCAGUUUUCGGAACAACACAAGUUUCAACCCACUGAGUUCUUGAGACGUACUAUCAGUAACAUGUUCGAUCAACACGCAACACCUGAUGAGCAAGAUGGAGUUCCAUGUAUGGAUCGAAAGGGAAUUGCAAAAUGGAUGACCCAGAGUCUUUCAUCAGACAAGAACGAAGGGGUCGUGAGUGCUCAUGAUAAGCGUGUCGUGAUAAGCCUCUCUCAAUUCUCUCGAUACGGCAGUGGCCGACUAGAAAAGGAAGACUUUCAUAAGCUCUAUCUUUCCGCCAUUCUGGGUGAUGCCUCCAAAGUUGAUGGAGUAGAUUCAUCCAAACGUUAUUUGCAGUUUCGGAAAUCCAACAUUGAUGCCGUCUGGCGAGAUAUUCGCAAUCAUGGCAUAUUAUCUCCCUUGGAACAGGAACGAAAACUACUAACGGAACAACUCCAGGCGAAAAACCCAAGAAACGCUGCUACUGUAAACGGCGAAUCUGUCAUGGACGAAUGUGAAAUAUUGGAUUUCAACUGGGGAGCGACGAGGAACGAAGAGUCCAAAUGGGAUAAGAGUCACGCAAGAGGAGAUUUUAGUAGUCACGAAGGUGUAGAGUUUGCGAGGGAUAAGAAGACCCCUUUGCGAAUUAAGGAUGGAGAGUUUGUCUUUAUUGAUGAGGAUUCAUGCAUCGGAUGUAUGCAGUGUGCCAACGUUGCACCGGCGUCAUUCAUGAUGCUCGAUACUGGGAGAGCGAGAACCUUUAAUCAACGAAGCUCCCCUGAAGUGGACCAAGCAGUAGCAAGUUGUCCCGUAGACUGUAUGCACUCAGUCACGUUUCGAGAACUGAAGGAAUUCGAGGAUGUGCGAGAUAACGGAGAUGGCCGUACCGACCACAAGUAUUUGGGCCGGAAACUAACACCACUUCAUGUUGUGGAGAGUGACCACAAUCGUCGGUCAUCUUGGUAUCAUACACUGAAGCACAAGUGUUUGGUUUCCUCCGAGUGCCCACAGAAAGGAUGCUAUGAUUGUCCAAAGUUCUCCAAAGGCGAAAACCCUUUCUUUCAGAAAAACUGCAAGGACGCCCAACAUACCAGAGCACUACACUUUAUGGAAAAUGGCGAUGCAGAUACAUGGCGAAACACUGCAGAUUUAUAA